AUGUGGAUCGUGUACAUUGCAUUGUUUAUACUUUUUAUUUUCAUUCUCGAUCAGUUCCUUGUUGACAAAAGGAACAUUGAACUUUCGAAGCAAUUUAAUGGACCCGUGAGGCUUCCUUUGAUUGGGACUAUUUACAAGUUUUUAGGCACAUCAACUAAAGAGUACUACUCGGCCAUCAAAAAAUUGACAGAUAUGUAUGCUAGAACAAAUAGCAAAGUUGUAUGUGGAUGGGCUGGAUUUGCCAUGGAAAUUUUUGUCGAUGACUAUAAAUUGAUUGAAGCUAUAACAACAAAUCCAAAAUGCAUUGCAAAAAGCUCACAGUAUAGCUUUUUACAUGCUGCAGUCGGUGAGGGAUUGCUGUUUAGCUCUGGAAAGAAAUGGUUCAAUAGACGAAGGAUCAUCACGCCGACCUUCCAUUUUAAGAUUCUUGAGCAGUUCUUUGAAGUUUUUGUGAAGCAAAAUAAGAACUUGAUCGAGAAAAUCAAAAGUCAGUCAAAUGAGCAGCCGUUUAAUAUUUUUCCAGUCAUAACUUCAUCAGUUUUAAAUUCACUGAUCGAGACUGCGAUGGGAUAUGAAAUGAAAGCUAAAGAUUCUGAAUACUUAAAUGCUGUUAAGGAAGUUGGAUUUCUUGUAGCUACAAGAUUUUUAACUCCAUGGCUUAGACUUAACUGUAUCUUUAACUUGACAAGUCUCAAACGUAAACAAGAUAAAUGCGCGAAUAUUAUGAAGGAGUUUACCACAAACAUAAUUCAGGAACGGAGAAAAAUCUUGAUGGAGAAAAAGGAUGAAGAUUUAGAUCAUUUGGAUGAUGAAGAUAUUGGUUUAAAGAAGAAAAUGUGCUUACUUGAUGUUCUGCUCCAGUCAACAAUUGAUAAUAAGCCAUUAAGUAAUGAAGACAUUCAGGAAGAAGUUGACACAUUUACAUUUGCAGGACAUGACACAACAACAAAUGCUAUCUGUUUCACACUCUACAUGAUCGCCAAACACCCAGAAGUUCAGGAGAAGUUGAACAAGGAGAUACAAGAAGUGCUUGGAGAUGAAGAAUUGACAUUCAAAAGCUUAAAUGAAUUUAAAUAUCUUGAACUGGUGGUUAAAGAAACAUUGAGGUUAUAUCCACCAGCACCGAUCAUCUCAAGACGAUUUUUUGAAGAAGUUGAUAUUGGUGAUUUUGUAGCACCAGGAAAUGCAAAUUACAAUUUAAUCCUUUUUACAGCUUUCCGUAACCCAGAAGUAUUUAAAAAUCCAGAUGAAUUCAUUCCAGAGAGAUUUCUGAAGGAUAUGCCUGCUUUUGCAUUCAUUCCAUUUAGUGCUGGUCAACGAAACUGUAUUGGUCAAAAGUUCGCGAUGACAAGCAUCAAGACUAAUAUCAUUAACAUUUUGAGACAAUUCACAGUCGUUCCAGGUAACAAAGAACCAGAAGUUGAGAUCAACAUAACUCUCAAGUGUGAAUCACUUCUAGUUGGUUUUAAGACUAAGUAA